AUGAUAAAGUUCACCACAGGCGACACUCCAGAAGACUGUAAAUCAGUUGGGCGCGUGUCUAAGUGUGUUUGUGUGUUGCAGAGACUCAUUGAGACCGCACCCUUCGGUGAAGACGCAGAGACCAUCAGCCAACAGAUCCUCAAUCACAACAAGUUCCACAGUUCAGUCCAGAGAAGCCAGGAAGUGGACAGAGCACGGGAUGAGCUGCUGCAGAGCAGAGAAAAGGCUGGACUCCACUCUCUGGACCAAGAAUGGGACACUUUACAGAAAAUGUCCCAUGCGCGUACGGCUCAGCUGCGAGACUUGCAGAGCAUCAUCGAGGAGAUCUCCAGAGCCAUCAUGUGGGUCAAUGACAGAGAGGAAGAGGAGCUGGUGUUCGACUGGGGAGAUAAAAACAUAGACACCUACAUCCCACAAAAACAAGAGAGCUACUCGAAACUGAUGAGUGAUCUGGAAGAGAAAGAGAAAGAGCUGAAUAAACUGAAGGCAAAGGUGGACAACCUCCUGAGGAGCCAACACCCAGCAUCUGAUAAGAUACAGGCUUAUAUGGACACACUGCAAACCCAGUGGAGCUGGUUACUGCAGAUCACCAAGUGCAUCCACGUUCACCUGAAGGAGAAUGCUGCUUACAGCCAAUUCUUCAAGGAGGCCAAUGAGACGUACAGCAGACUGCAGAAAGACCACGAGAGCAUCCGUAAGAAGUUCACCUGUGACAAGAACACACCUCUGGAGAAUCUGACAGAAAUGCUCAAAAACCUGGAGAAAGAGAAAGACAGGAUCAUGGAGAGUAAGAGGCAGGUUCAGACGCUGGUCAGCAAGUCCAAGAGCAUCGUGUGUCUGAAGCCUCGUAACCCAGAGGAGAAGAGCAGCGGCCCGGUCAUCGUCAAAGCCCUGUGUGACUUCAAACAGGACCAGAAGGGCAUUCUGAAAGGGAAUGAAGGAAUCCUGAAAGACAACUCUCAGCGCAGUAAGUGGCACGUGACUGGACCUGGAGGACUGGAAAUGCUCAUCCCAUCAGUAUGUCUGUUCAUCCCACCACCAAACCCUCUGAGCAUCGGUCUGGCACACAAGAACGAGCAGUACUAUGAAGCCAUCAUGUCCAUCUGGAGUCAGCUGUACAUCAACAUCAAGAGUCUGAUCUCCUGGCAGUACUGCAUGAAGGACAUCCAAUACAUCAACUCCCUCACACUCUCAAUGCUGUCACAAAUGCGUCCUGAAGAGUAUCGCAACAUUAUUAAGAACCUGGAGCUCCACUACCAGGAGUUCAUGCGGAACUGUCUCGGCUCUGAGAUGUUUAGCGAUGAAGAAAAGAGAAAGAUGGAGAUGCAGUACGCAGGAGCUCAGUCCCAUUAUGACCGGCUGGUGAUCCAGCUGCCCAACUAUAGGGAGAGUGCGAACAUAAGAACAGAAGUGAGGAGGGAGGAGACAGAUGGGAAGCUGGUGGUGACCAAUGGGAAGCUGGUGAGCUCAGGGCUGAAUGUGAGCUCAGGGCUGAAUGUGAGCUCAGGGCUGAAUGUGAGUUUCAUGUCAGAUCUGAGUGCUCUCAGACGCAGGGUGGAGGCGGCGGAGACGGGCUUGAUCCAGCACCUCCACGUGCCUCUGAAGGAGAACGGCGUACAGGAGUGCUCCCAAAGACUCGUGCUGCUGCAGGGUGUGCAUCGUGAUCUGGACUCCAUCCGGGACGAGUACCUGCGUCUGAGGGAGAAGAUUUUGAGAGAGCUGGAAGGAAGCACUAAUGCAGAACAGACCCGCUACCUGCGCUCUGAGCUGGACCACAUCAACCAGAAACUGGGCAGCCUGCAAGGCAUCUCCACUGCAUAUAUCCAGAGGCUCUCUGCUCUUCAGGCUCUGCUCCAGCACCUCCUGCAGGCUGAGGACAUCGUUAAAGUCCAUGAGGCUCGUCUGACAGAAAAAGAGACGACUUCUCUUGAUCUGAACGAAGUAGAAAAGUACCACAUGACUCUCAAGACCAUGAAAGCAGAGCUGGAGCAGAAGAAAGGUGUUUUGAAGGCUAUGGAGACUGAGCUGUCCAAGGCUGUGCACUGGAACAGUCAAAUAGACAAAUCUUUCCACCAGUGUGAUGUUGACCUGUCCAGAUACUCAGAGCUCGUUGGACAGAUGACCGACCGUUUAACUUCAGUCAUUAGAAUGCGGAACACUAAAAUUGACCUUUUGGAGGAAGAACUAAAACGUCUCAAGGACAAUUUCAAAGAUCAAACUCAUAAAAACAAGUCAAUGGAGGAUAGUCUGGCUCGCUAUCGGCUGGAGCUGACCCAAUCUAAAGAAGAGCUUAUGUCUAUGGAGGAGAUCAAAAGAACCCAGGCUAGACAAUGCAGUACUACUCGGGAAAGCCUGGACAGCACCCAGAAUCAGCUGAAGAACUUGCAAGAUGAGGUGUCCCGCCUCACCUUUCUCAUCGAGGAAGAGAAACGCAAACGCAGGCUGGCUGAGGACCGAUACACCACCCAGCAGGAGGAGUAUGAGCUCGCUGUCCGCAAGAGACAGAAAGAACUCGAGGAGCUCAGUUUGUCCAAAAGUCAGUUUGAAAGGGCCAUCAAAGAAAAAGAGCGGGAGAUUGAACGGCUGCAAUUACAGCUGCAGGAUGAGGCCUCCCGGCGCAAUGCAGCAGAAUUAGAGACCUCAAAGGUAAGAACACAGUUAAACCAGGACAUUAAUAGCCUAAAGCAUACUUUUGAAUCUGAGAUCCACAUCACCAAGACCAGUGUGCUCAAGGCAACACAGCAGAAGGAGGAGGAAUCGACAACUCUAAGGUUUCAGCUGGAUAGGUUAAACUCUGAGAAAAGAGACCUGGAAGAGGAACUUAGAAAGCUGCAGCUUUCGUUCUCCCAAGCCGAAGCGGCACGAAGGAAAGCAGAAGAGGACGCUCAUCAGCAGAGGUCAACCGAGGGGAGCAGGUUCAAGAAGGAACUGGAGUCACAGAUUCAGGUCAUAUUACGUCAAAAGGAAGAGACUGAAACGAGACACAGAGUGGAACUGACAGAGGCCAACAGAGCUGGUCAGGAAAAGGCCCGUGAGAUUACCUUGUUGACCCAGAAUCUACAAGACGAGACCAGGCGGAGGAAAGCCUUGGAGGUUGAGAAUCAAAGUCUCAGACAGUCUCAGGCUGAACUACUCUCUAAGCACACUUCAACCAGCGAGACCAUUAACAAGUUAAAGAUCUCUGAGCAAGAGCUUCUCGUUAUAAAGAGAGAGAUGGUGACACAAAAGAACGAAAAGAGCACAUUGGAACAGAAUGCCAUCAGGCUGCAGAGUCGCAUCAGUGAACUGCAGGCAAAGGUGAACGAGUUGCAGGCUGCACUGGAAAAGGAGAAGAGGAGUAAUCAGGAUGAACUCACAAAGAGGAAAAGGAUAGAAACCGAGCUGGAGAGGGUGAAUCAGACGUGCCGUGAAUACACCACUACCAUCAACACUCUGCGGGUCCAUCGAGAGCAGGAAAGUGCUUCUGGACGCAGGCAUGAGCAGGAGCUUCGCAGUUUGAAAGAUGAGUUGGAGAGAAGCCAGAAGGACUACAAAAUCACAGUAGAGAAUCUGAACAGAGUGAAUGCCGAACUGAAGGCUUUGCAACAGCAGCUUCUGCGGGAACAAGCCCUUGUCCGUGAGGCCAAUCAACGCAACGAUUCCCUCUACAAGACUAUAGAAGAGAAGAGUCGAUUGCUAAAUGAGAGCACCAGUGAGAUCGAGAAGUUGCAGAGUCUCACCCAGAAUCUCACCAAAGAGCAUCUGCGGCUAGAGGAGGAACUGAGGACUGUGCGACUAGAGCGAGAUGACGUGAAGAGAAGCCUGAGCACCAUCGAGCUUGAAAGUGCUUCCCGAUUGUCUGCCAUUCAAUUCCAGUUACAAACCAGCAAUAACAGAGCACUGGAACUGCAGGAACUAAUCAAUGAUCUGACUAAAGAGAGAGAAAAUUUAAGGGUGGAAAUUGCCCAAAUCCAAAAGCAGUUCACGGAGACAUCCAUGAUGAUCCAGCGAUCUGAUGCCAACUACAAAGAUAUUGUGCAAGAGAGAGACAGUCUUCUAGUCAAACUGAAGCUGUUGCAACAAGACAAAGACAAGCAACAGCGCUCUGAAGAAGAGCUCCGGCGCAUCAAGCUUUCCUUGGAAUCUGAGAUCAAACAGAAGCAACGUCUUCAGGACGAAAUUGAUAAAAUUACCAAGGAUUUCAAGUACUGGAAAAGCCAAUAUGAGUUAAAGGAGGGGCAGAUCAGACAGAGUGAAGCAGAUAGAGACAAAGUACAGAGAGACAGGACCUCUUUGCAGAGUGAGAUCCAAAGAUUGACUGCUGAGCUGAGGAGUCUGGAAGAACGCUACAAGAGUCGUCUUCAGAGCUCAGACAAGGAGAUCUCAGAGCUCACUACGAAGAAGGAGUCUUUGGAAAGGGAAUUGAGGAUGUUGCAACAGCGUCCAGUUUCAUCUUGUCGGUGUACACAAACCAGUCAGUCUGUCUCUGAUAGUAGCUGUAAGAAACUGACAGUGAAAGGUCUCCGUGGUGAGGUCUCACUCACAGAGCUUGUAGACUCCAACUUGCUUGAUCAGACAGAUUUGGAUAAAGUAAACCGAGGACAACUAACAGGCAAAGAAAUUGAGGACAGACUCAGAUCGUACCUAGGUGGCUCUGAUUGCAUCGCUGGUAUCUUCGAUGAGGCCAAUGGUAGGGUCCUGCCCUUUUACCAGGCCAUGAAAGAAGGUCUACUUCGGCGGGGAACCACCCUGGAGCUCCUGGAAGCCCAGGCUUCCUCUGGUUUCAUAAUCGAUCCAGUCAACAAUGUCUGCAUGACAGUGGAAGAAGCAUGGAGGAGAGCCCUUGUGGGAAAGGAGUUUAAAGACAAACUACUGUCUGCUGAGAAGGCUGUGACAGGAUACAAAGAUCCUGCAACAGGAAAGAUCAUCUCACUCUUUCAAGCUAUUGAGAAAGAGAUCAUAGAGAAGGGUCAUGGGAUUAGACUGCUGGAAGCUCAGAUAGCCAGUGGUGGCAUCAUUGAUCCUAAAGGGAGUCAUCGAAUUGAUGUGGAAGUGGCUUACAGGAAAGGUUACUUCGACCGUGAAAUGAACGAUAUUUUGACUUACGAGGGUGAUGACACCAAAGGUUUCUUUGAUCCUAACACCCAUGAAAACCUCACAUAUCUGCAGUUGAAAAAGAGGUGCAUCAAAGAUCCCAAGACUGGGCUUAUCCUUUUGCCUUUGAAGGACAAGAAGACGCCAAAGCAAACGACGUCUCAAAAGAACACACUGCGCAAGAGGAGAGUGGUGAUUGUAGACCCUGACACCGGCAAAGAGAUGACCGUACGAGAAGCGUAUCAUCGAGAGUUAAUUGAUUAUGACACGUUCCUGGAGCUUUCGGAGCAAGAGUGUGAGUGGGAGGAGAUCACUAUCGAAACAUCUGACGGCAGCAAUCGUUUACUUAUUGUCGAUCGCAAAACUGGAACCCAGUAUGACAUUCAAGAGUCCCUAGAUAGGGGUGUUAUUGAUAGGCAAACCCUGGACAAGUACCGUGCCGGGACUCUGACAAUCCACGAGUUUGCAGGUCUGAUCACAAGUAAAAGCAGUAAUUCUGAGCUUUCCAUCUGCACCAGCAGUCCUGAGGAUGUUGCUUCUUGCAGUAACCCAACACAGAUGGCGCCAUCAUCUCCAACUGUCCGCAAACGUUUUUCUAGCGUAUCCAUUACGUUCUCCCCUCCAUCUGAUAUUUUUGAUGACCAGAGCCCCGUGGGAGCCAUUUUUGAUACUGAGACCCUUGAGAAGAUAACCAUCCCUGCGGCGCAGCGGCGUGGAAUAGUGGACAACAUCACCGCUCAGCGGCUCUUGGAGGCCCAGGUUUGCACAGGAGGGGUUGUCAAUCCUGCUACUGGCCAGAGACUCUCUCUGAAAGAUGCUGUACAGCAAAGCCUUAUCGAUGAAGACAUGUCCAUCAAGCUAAAACCAGCACAGAAGGCUUAUGCCGGUUUUGAGGAUGUGAAGACCAAGAGGAAACUUUCUGCUGCCGAGGCCAUAAAGGAGAAAUGGUUGCCUUACGAGGCAGGGCAGAGGUUUCUGGAGUUCCAGUACCUGACGGGUGGACUUGUAGAGCCAGAAACUGGCCGCCGGGUGAGCAUUGAGGAGGCCAUCCGAAGAGGAUGGCUUGAUGGCAAAGGGGCACAGAAGCUGCAGGAUACGAGGAACUACAUUAAGAACCUUACCUGUCCUAAAACCAAACUUAAAAUCUCAUACAAAGAGGCCAUGGAUAACUGCAUGGUGGAGGAGAACAAUGGCAUGAAGAUGCUCCAGGCUACUUCGAUGUCUACGAAAGGCAUAAGCAGCCCCUACAACGUGUCCUCGGGACCAAACUCUCGUACAGGAUCCAGAGCAGGGUCUCGUACCGGCUCAAGAAGUGGAUCACGCAGAGGCAGUGUUGACUACACCUCUUCGGUGUCUUACAGCUACAUCUCAUCUUAAUAAUACAGUUAAUUGUAAUUACUAUGCAAUUUACAUUUAAAAAUGAUUUUCUAUUCAUGAGGAUAUAAGUAUGGGUUUGGGAUACAGAAUGGAGAUGAACUUUUUUUACUAACGCUGAUCAAUUGUCUUGGGUGAUUAAGAUGUCUUUUAGAUUAUUAAUGUCUUGGAUAAUUGAUUAUUUACACAUGGGGAAUCUUAGAUUUAUCAUGACAUUUAACAGUGUUUUCAUUCGUGCUUAUUUGGUUUAUCCGGUAUAGGAAAUUGUUUUAUAAUAUUUCCUUUGCAUGUUUUAUUGACAUUUUACAUUGCAUUUAUUCAUUUAGCAGACACUUCUGUCCAGAACAACUUACAAAUAAGAAAUGUAACAAGCAAUUAAUCACCGGCAUUAUCCAUAGUUUAGAAAGCUAGAUUAGGAAACAAGUACUUUUUUAUUUGAAACAUCUACUGACUUAGUAUCAACAUGAAUCUACUAAUUUCAAAGUGAAAAUCUGAUAAUUGUUUUUUGUCAGAUUUGCUUUUAAUUAAUGAAUAUUUGAUCUGAUUGUUUAUAUGGAGCAAUUUCAACAAUAAAAA